AAGAAAUAUAUAUAAAAUUAAAUUACAAAUUAAAUAAACAUUUACGGCGCGAAAGAAAUUUAUAUAAAAUUAUUAUUUUAUCCCAAAUCCAAUGUAAUAUUAUAAUUCCGAUAGUUAUAUCAUUCUCUUUGGUUCUGGACCGUUUAAUUCCUUAAUUAAUUUAAUCUUGAGUAUCACUCCAACCACAAAAUUAUACAAACUACUACCUAUUGCUACAUAUCAACAGUGGUAGGACUUCGUUUCUCAAAUCAUAAGUUAAAAAAGGGACAAUGUAGAAAAUCUUAUUAAAUCAAGAAAUAACAAGGAAAAUUACCUUGCCAUUGAUUUAAUUUGCCGGUCUUUUCGUGGAUAAAAGAAUCUCAAAAUGGUAAGUGAUUCAACAACUGAAACAGACUCUACUACCUUGAAUAGCAAAGGUUUUGUCGGUAACGGUCACCACGUGUUAUCGUGCAGUACCUUCAUCCGGAAUGUGUGGAAGAAAGAGUUAUGCGUCAAUUGUUGCAAAUCCGAAUGUGAUCAUGCCCGAACAAGAUCUCAAAAUAUUCCUACCAAAUUAAUUGGCGAUCAAAUUCCGGAAGACCGCUUAUCCCCCUCUUAUAUUCAGAAGAAGAGGGUAGUUCGCAUAUGUCAAGAACCACCCGCAAUCAUAGGUUAUGAUGGGGGUACCUCCCCUACCACUCAGGGUGAUGAUACGAAUAACUUGGAACAGAGUGGUAACGAUUUUCAAAAUGGUGACGACGAGGAGGCGGAGGAUGAAUACAGCUGGGCGGAUGAAGCGGACAGGAAAUGGUCCUUGCAGACUAUACUCAACACGGAACGCAACGCUAUAACCAAAAAUUUGAACGGUACUGCUCUUCCGCUGCCAUCGGAGAGCAGGGUGGACGAUUUCGGUGGCGAAAAUAUGAUUACCUUUAAACAUACCAAAAAUACCGAUAUUCAUAAAAUUAUCGUCGAUAAUAAUACUAAUGACAAAAGCGAAAAAUAUAAUAAUAAUAGCGCUAGUGUACCUCGUAAAAUCGAUAAUAUUGGGAUAAAUAAUUCUAAUAAAAAUCUCGCUAAAAAUGGUUUAAUAAAAUCAAACGGGAUAAACGUACUAUUAAACAUUAAUAAUGAUGCUAAAAAAGACAAAAAAAUUUCGACGUCCCACCAAAAAGAAUUAAUCGAUAUUUCUUUUACACGUAAUUUUGAAAUUGGGGAUAUUAAAUCGAUAAAUAAUUCCUUCGUCGCCGUCGACACCACUUUUCUCACGCAUAAUCCUACGAAGAAUACCGAUCAAACUACCCCGACCAUUAAUUAUGCUAAUAAACCGAACAUUUCUUCGCCAUCGAUCCAUUCCAACCACGUGAUAGUUAACGUAGCAGUCGGUGAUGACAAAAUGUUUUCGAGGAAACAAAAUGAUUUCUGUGAUAAAUCCACCCCUUCCCCAGUCAAAGUGAGGUCAUGGUUCGAAAGGCUAGACAUUAAAAAUUUAUCUCCCUCUGCUAAAUUGCUCGGUUUUUCCUCCAACGUUAAUCGUCUAUCACCUAAAGCUGAGGUUAGGCAAACUAAUGUCAAGAGAACUACGUCGACUGGUAACCAAUUAACCGAUGAUAACGACUCCUUAAACGCGAUUCACGAUAAUGGUCAUAAUAACUAUAGUCAUUUGCCUGAACUGGACCAUAAAUCAGUCGGCGAUGUUAACCAUAAGGGGAAUGAUUCUAAUAACCCACCGAUUUUUAACAUAGAAAAUGUUACUCUAGUUAAUAACAAUAAUACUAAUAACGAAACGAAAGAUUCGGAAAAGUGCGAGGUGAGAGAUUUGUUGGCAGUUAUCGACACUCGUUCUAACUUACUGAAAGGGCUAUCUGAGUACCUGUUGGACGAAACUGCUAAGAGGAAAGGCAAAGAAGGAGACGACGAUGACGGCGAAAAAUCAUUGCUUCAAGAAAUCGCUGAAACAAUGCUACGCGUCGUAACUAAUGAUGACGUAGAGGAUUCCAAAAUCGAUAAAACGCCUACUACGAAUUCUACCCCCAAAAGCGAUAAACAAAUUGAAGCCGAGUUUACCUCCGAUAACUUGAUAGACAAUCGCUCUUUCUUAGUUUCGAAAGGUCAAAUAACCGACGAUGAAAAUAAAUCCAACUUUGUAUCAAACGCGAUUAAUGAUUUUAACGCCAAUAAAAGUAUUAAUUUGUCGCCUAUAUAUGAUCGUAUACAACAACCUUCAAAACUUGUCCCCGGAAAUUUUUGCGUCUCAAAAAGUUUAGAUACUCCUGCCCUUAAAACGGUUCAUUUAAUAUCGAAGGAGGAAAUUCUUGACAGGGAAGCGCUAACGUCUCCACUCUACGAAGAACUCGACUAUGGCAUGUCAAAUACUGCCAAAGGGUCUCAUUUUUCACUCAUUGAAUCAGUGGAAGAUGGCAGCCAAUGUUUUGGUGCACCCUCUAAAAAUAAUAAUUCCUCGAACGAUGGUUCGGCCAAUAGCCAAACAAAAAUGGACAUACGGCUUGACAAGAGCCUAUCCCUAGACAAUUCCGAUAUUUCGCAUAGUGAUAUCUUGGUUAUCAAAGAUCAACCCGUUGCUUCAAAUAAUUCAGCUUCUAGAGGAAAACGUAAUGUCAUGAUAAAUUUAUUCAACAAAGCCAUUACUAAAGGCAGUCUCACCUCCGUCAAUACAUUCAAUAAGCGGAACACGCGGGAGAUUAGGAAGGAGGAUAUUGUAGUUUUGUUUUCCCCUCAACCAGAGAAUGUUGCCGACAAACAAUCAAAAAAUAUCGAAUCUCGGGAAAACGAAUCAAAACAGCUGCUCGGCACCAACGGUUUUAACAUUUCCUCCGCGCAUAACAGUAUAAUCAAAUUUGAUUCUAAGUUAGGAAUCAUAGCUCAAAAUCUGAAUAAAAAUUGUUCAGAUACGAACCUCGCUAGACUUCACUUUUGCUCUAAAAAGAGGGCACCUUCGGCUCCUUCGUCCCUUUCGCCCUCUUCCCCUAAACAAGGAAAACAAACUUAUUUUAGUCCUUCCCACAAAUUCUCCACCAAAUUUCAAAACACUCACAAGACGUUAAAUAUUAAUGAUUCACUAAUAACCCAAAAGGUAUAUGCGAGAAACGAACUUAGUAAUAACCCCUCCGAAAAAUCUCAUACCGUUGGUCCUUCAGUAAUUCACAGGGUAAGAAGCGCCUCGCCUUUACCCUUCGUACCUGACGCCCAGCAAAAUCAUCCAAUCUCUGAAAUAACCAAAGAGAAUACAUUAAAAUUUGCUCUUUUAAGAAAUCACAAGGAUCCACGCAAAACGAUUCGAUCCAAAAGCCUCGAUAAAACGACCAUCAAAGAAAGCCAGAAACAUGCCCAAGUUCAGGCGCAAAUUAAAUUCGAAGCUCAAAAAUCGACAAAUGUUUUAGAUAACCCUGAAAAUUUUCACGAGGAUACGAAUAAUAUGAAUCUUCAAAAUUUCGUGAAAACAAUGCCUUUGCCUGAAAAUACGUCAUGUACUCCAAAUAAUAAAACGAAACUUAAUGUUCAGUACGUCGAAUCGAGCAUUAAUCACGACCCAAUUCACAAUAAUAUUGCUUUUAGCAUCCUGCAAAAUUUGAAGAAAAGCGAUGAUUUCAACGCUUUAGCGAACACCAAAUUUUCUUCCCUCAAGAAGUUUUUCCGCAAAUCUUCGUCCAACACCAUUCGCAAGGGCCAUCAGAGAUCUAGUUUGGGCAAUUUGAAAGGAAAUUCCCUGAAUAUAAGCGAUAAAAUUUUGAACGAUAGCAACAUGGUCAGUGUUGGAACCUUCAACAAAAUUUCAGAAGAUAUUAUUUCUAACCCGGCUCUAUUCGUAGUUGAUUCGUUUAGUAGCGAAGAGAAUUGGAGUACGUCGUCAAAUUCAGUCGAAGAUAACAAGCAUUUACAUUGCGCCACUGCUCAGCAAAAUAAGGUUAUUCAAACGCAUUUCUCAAACACCCCUGCCGUGAUAACUAAUACCACCGUGAAUGGGAUUGAAAAAAAAAUUUCAAGUUGCCAAGUCACUUUGAGUACCGAUAAAUCCGACAAUAAUCGUUCACUCAACGUGCCACCUUCGAGGCCCCUAAUGUUACCUAGAUAUUUGUUAACGACCCCUUUGCCUCCCAUACCUAUAACUAGUUCUCAUAAUUGGGUGCCAACUAAUUGCUAUCACGAUCAAGAGAUAGCUUUGAAAUCAUCUAUUGCUUCAUCAUCUGCCAUUGCUCUAACUAACAAUACAUCAUCUUCUUCGGAACUGGAAUUUUCAGGCGAAGGAGUAAUUUUGAAGAAAAUACCCUCCGGUGACAGGGCCACUAGAAUCAUAGGCAAACCUAAAGUUCCUCCCCCAAAACCUCCUUCGGCAAUAUUAUUAUCCCCUAGCAAAAAGAUCACUUCUCCUAAUUACAACAAUAAAAUACGCAACAACGGAGAUUCCAAUAGCUUUUUAGCUACAAAUUUAACCCAUAAAAAGCAAAAUGGCACUAGUACUACAAAAAUAACGAAUCAAACGCUUGAUAGAUCGAAAUCUAAAAUAAAACCCAAGAUUCCUAUUCGUCCUCCGAAAUUGUCUCCCCAAAACGUUACCAAAUUAUCGGUUGGUCAUAAUAAAGUCCAUGAAAUUAAUGAAACUCAGAAGAACGGCGAUACAUGUGAGGCUGAGGAUAAAGAUGAUAUGUCUGACAUGCCUAGGAGAAAACCACCUCCCCCACCUCCUAUUCUACUGGCUAGACAAAAGAAAGCCAAAAAAAUGUGUAAUGGUUCCGUUCCUUUACCCAUCGUAGACCCCAACGAGUAUUACGAUGCGUUGGUGAGUUCGAACUCAUCAAAAAACCUUUCAACAUCUAUGGCCAUUAAAUACAUCGAAGCAACUUUUAAUCAAGUCAACCAACACACUGAUUCAAGCAGUUGUGAUACAUCCUCAUCUAAUUUCCCUCUUUACGAAGAAUACUUAACCCCCAUCAGUAAUAACAACCAGAUUUCGAUUAAUAAUCGCGAAAUUGGCAAAUUCGAGUAUUCACAAAGUAUCCAGGCUUCACAACCUAAAAUAGAUAACGCGAAUAAAAACACGUUCGUUCAGGUUUCGGAGUCAAAAUCGCCAUCUAAAACAGAUAAAGCUGAUAAAAGUAGAUUAAAAAUGAAUGGGAUAUCCCAUGCUUCGGAAGAUCAACGAAAUCUAAUAAUAGCAGGGCUAAAGCCUAGCGAAAUCAAACUAAAUCAAAGGGCGAGAAAAGCGAACUAAUUAUAUACCAUGAUACAUAACAGUACCAUUUUUUUUAAACAAUACGCCCAAUGUCCCUUAAAUACCCAUUUAUUUAAUUUAAGUAUUGUUUU